AUGCACCCUUUCGUCCCUUGGAGCCUAUUGCUCCCUUUUCUCACCAGCAUCGCGCAGGCCAACGUGGAGAAAACCAUUUUCCUUGGGCCCCCAGAAUCAGCAGUUCCAUCCGAGGAGCCAGAUAUCGACGAUCUCGGUCUUGAGCGGCUCUCUCCUGAAACGCCCGUCGUGCGCACCUUGCUAAAUUCCUCAUUCCCAACCAACGACGCGCCAGAUGGCACAGACUCAUGGUUCUUCCUGGAGAAUCUCACACCGGGACAGCGAUACGAGCAACCAACAACCUUUACACUUACUACCCACUCCCUACAUAACACAAUUGAGGAUCCUUCCCUCUUCUCCUCUCUCAGCGUCUUUUCUACAGCCCGUCUCGCCACACUAGAUGAUAGGCUCCAAGCCAAUGCCAUCCCGCAACGCGCCGGAAAAAGCGCGCUUGAUCCUUCGCCCAGCUUAGACUCCGUGCUUUUUCUGCGGGUGCGUGCGGUAGCUGACUAUUUCACGAUGAACGAAGAGUUGUUGGCGAAACCGCCGCCUGUGACCGUGGAUUUGAUUCUAGAUCCCUUCCUUGGCAAUGUAUUCCCACGCUCGCUGGUGCCGACUGGGUUCUGGAUCGUGGCGGUGGCCGUUGUGGCUUUCUUUGUGGCACGGUGGGUGAACAGGGAGCUUGGGAGGGUGAUUGAUGAUGCCAGAAGGGAGGUGAAAGAGGAAAAUAGGGAAGAAGGGAAGAAGAGAAAGUAA